AUGUCCCCGGCCACCGUGAGCGUCCCCCGGCCGGGUAGUUGGUCCAGCCGCCCGCCCAGCGUAACCAGCAGCCGCCGGUCGAGUCUAAGCGUGUCGGUGGCGCGGCUGAAGAGCGAGUUCCCGAUCCUGCUGCCCGGCUUCACCCCCCAGGACCCGGCCCGGGACUCCCUCACCCUGCCGGACGUGCCCGAGUGGGGAUUCUAUCUGGGAGUGGACCAGUCUGUGAAGAAGUUGGACUUGAGUCCUCCGGACCGGCCCAACAGGAUAGAAGUCAUGGUGUACUGCGGGGAGGACGCCAUCGUCAGGACUUUUCCCGCCAAGAAAACUCUCAGGGACGUGUACAUCUGGGUGAGGGCCACCCUGACGCACGCCAAGAUUCCCCCCCGCCUGGUGCUGACCAGUGGUGGCGUCCAGUACCCAGCUUCCGGUUCCGGGGCAGACACGCGGCUCUAUGACCUGCCGAACGUCUUCGAAAUCCUGGGUACGGUGCAACCCCCAGCGGAAGAUGACGACGACAAACUGAAGGUUCGCGUUCGGGCCGGGAUGGACACGCUGGUGGGAAAGUUCGACCCGAAGGACGCCUUCAGGGCACUGUACGCCUGGGUCCGCGCCACGCUGGCCUUCAAGAAGCGCCCCCGAGCGUUUGUGCUGAAAAGUGCAGGCCAGACGUACGCGCUGACGGAGGAGAACGUGGAGAAAAUGAUGCAGGAGUUUCCGGACGAGUUUGAGCUGGUAGAGCUGAAGAACCAUGAGAUCCCCGGCGCCAGACUGAAGAAACGGGAGGCGGAACAGGACGACCCCAGACUCCGAUACCCGGACCUCACUCCACGGUCACCUCCUCCACCCCCACCCUCUAGGGACCGGUCCCCGCACCCUGAGAACAGGGUCCUGAAGACAGGGCUGGACGUGGACCUAAGGAAGCGGCCCAAGACCCGGCGAAAGGAGCGGGAGAAGCCGAACGGGAAUAAGGAGAAACGAGACAAAGAUGGCGGCGACUCAAGCACAGAAGAGGAGGAGGAUGACGACGAUAAAAAUAACAAAAACAAUGAGUCGGAGGGUGACGGUGAGUCGGACCAGUUCUCGUCCCGCGCGCCGCCGCCGCCUCGGCUCCUCAGCAGGGAGAAGGACGACAGGAAACGCAACAACAAACGCCGGGACAACAACAAUCAGGACUCACGUAAAAGAGACGGAAAGAACAAACAGCAGGACAGGAGCAGACAUGGGAACGGCACUCCAGACUACCUCUUCGACGUUGACGAGCGGUUACGUGGCGGGAAUUUCCUCCCGUCCACCGGGCUGCAGAUCACGAUUCCGAGUGUGCACGGACUGGUCAGUCGGUUCGAGCUGCCCAUGGACCUCAGGGAACUGGACACGCUGACCCCUCGCCAGUAUCUGUCCAAGUACUGCAAACUGAACAAGACGAGACAUCUUGUCUACAAGGAAAUCUUCGACAAACAAGACUUGAGACACUCAGGCUCCUUAACCUUCAAGGACGUCCUGAAGGCCGUGCAGGAGCUGUACGCACGUGACGCGUCAUCCGCGCGUCUGACGUGGAUCAUGGAGCUGCUGGACCUGGACUCGGACGUGACCUUUGACCGGGAGCUGUUCUGUAUGGUCUGCGCGAUGUACGACCGGCUGCUACUCCGAGAGCACACGAGGAAAGUGGAGGGAGUGGAGCUGACGGAGCGGGAGAAACUCGAAAACGGAGGACUUCACGGCGCUAGACUGGAAACUGCACGGCAGAGACAUCUCAGGACCUCUCAAGGCGUUGCUACAUGCCUUAUAAUCUAGCUCCAGGCCUCUUAGGGUGUACCUACAUCGCUUAUCUUCGGACUUCUCAAGGCAUGCAGCGAGGCAUUGUGUAACACAUUCUAGCUUCAACCUACCUCUCGAAUCAAUACCUGAAAGAGGUGAAGAAGAUGAAUCUAGAUUUUGCAAUCAGGGCUCUAAAAGUAUCCCUCCCCAGGUAGCUAACGUUUACGAAUCACAAUGUUGCUGUCACCAAUAGAAGUGGGUGAAAAUGUACUUUAGGUCAAAACAUAAUCAGACUAUUGUUACAUUUAUCAAUAUCAUUGUUGCUGAUCGUAUUGUUAUUGUUUUCAUAUCUGUUGCCUUGUUGCCUACAGUGUUGCUGUUGUUGUUGGUUGUUGCACUGUGUUACACACACUUGAACCAGGAUAUUAGUUUGACUUUAUUUUGUUAAUGAUCAGUGUUACUCCACACGUUUUUGGUGUAAAAUUUUGUAAAAUGUUAGUAUAUUAUAUGCAGGACGCUGCUACUAGAAUCUAGUCGUAACGAGACUAUAAAGUUAAUGCUAAACCGUAAAGACUACAGAACUGCGUUUGUAGUAUUUUAUACAAACAAGUGGAAAGAAAUAAACUUA